UGAAUGUGGUACGGGUGUGAGUGAGAAGGGAUGCAGCAGAGUUCAGGAUGUAUUGCAGUUUAUUGCGGACUUUGGAUGAUGUGCCUUAAAGGCUACUAUUGCAGUAAUCGAGUCGGGAUGUGUUUUUAAGACUAACAUGUGAAUGACGGCUCUUUGAAUCUAGCGAGAAUGUGAGGUUCAUGCAGGACAUGUGGUUUAAAAGUUAAAGACACCCACCUGCAUGACAAACUGGUGCAUAAGAAAUACACCAGAACACAGGAAAUAAAAUCCACUGAUGACACUGCUGGCUUUCAUUUCCUUUCACAUCACUCAAACACACGCCAUGGAGGCUUAUAGAAAACAUCUGGUUGUCUGUGUCACUGCAGUACUGCUGUGCUGUGUGAGCUCAGAUGAAGAAAGAGAGAUGGUUCAAGCCAAACUGGGUCAGAGAGUCACCCUGAACACCAGAGAGGACAGGUGUGACAGCAGGGCUGAGGUGGUGUGGAUUUUCGGACCGGAGAAACCCGCCAGGCGGGUCGCCAGAAUGAGGAACAGAGUUGUGACGACGAACUACACCAAGUCUUUUGGGAACAGACUGAAGCUGGACCCUCAGUCUGGAUCACUGAGCAUCACUGAGCUCAGAAGCAGUGACUCCGGAGUCUACAUGUGCCAGUCCAUCGGCGUUAACAUCUUAUCCCAGCAGUUCAACCUGAUCGUGUACGCUUCUGUCUGCAGUCCGUCCAUCAGGAUCAACAUGACUGCAAUGAACAGCCACUGUAGCUGGCUCACAGUGGAGUGCAGUGUGCAGAACAGCAGGGAGCUCAGACUGUUGUGGUUCAGAGGCAGAGACAAGCUGAAUGAGACGAGCCGUCCAGAUCCGUCCUCUACGUUGCAUCUCUCUCUGGUGAUACCGAAGGGUGAUGAAGGCGAGUACAGCUGUGUGGCUGAAAACCCUGUGGAUCAGAAGAGCAGCAGACUGCACACAGCAGACACGUGUCUAAACAACGGAGAGACGCUCAGCUGGUGUAACUCUGGAGUGACAGUACGGCUUGUUUUCUCCGCUGUACUGGGUUUGGCCUUGAUGGUUCUGGUGGUGGACCACGUCAGAUUCAGGCGACAAACCCAACAAAGAUGCUGAGUGUGUCAUCUCAUCACAUGGGAAAAGAAAAUGCAGGAAAACAUCUAACGCAUAGAAAAAGUACCUUUGAAAGUCCUGCAUCAAAGGAAAACACUGUUACUUCAAUAAAAGUGAUUAAAAAAAUACAAAACAGUA